AUGCUACUGUGCUUCGGGAACGCACUGCCCUCGUUCGACACGUCCGGGUCCUUGGUCCGUGCGACUGUCCCAGGCACCGAGGCUGAUCACGCAUUGUGGGAUCGAUGGGCCGUGCCAUUUGUGCGAUGGGAUACUGUGUACUUUCUCUCUCUCGCCUACCCCGCGUAUGGAUACAUGUACGAAAACAUGCUGGCUUUUCAGCCUGGGAUCGUGGCCAUAUUGCGCGUUCUGGGCUUUGGCUACAGCGGCGCUUGGGACCCCUUUGUGUCGGUCAUGCGGACCGUCGUCCUCGUCCAGCUCCUUUCCUGGCUUGCACCGUGGCUUCUGUACCAUGUUACGAAGCAAUGCACCAGCUCACCAAGAUGGGCGUACCGCGCUGCGAUGCUGUCCGUCUUUGCACCUGCCUCGGCCACGUCCCUUACCUCGCCCACGCCGGAGCCGUUUUUCUCUGUAUGCAGCUUGCUAGGUCUCUGGUGUCUGACAAAAGAGCCCUAUACCCACCUUCGACGUAUUCUGGCCGCUCUAUGCUUUGCCGCUGCUACCCUGUUCCGCGCGAAUGGCGUAUUUUUGGCCGGGUUCUUAGUCUGGCAUGGCCUCUAUCUUCCAUGGCUCACAGGCCACCGACGCUCCGUCUUCCAGCUACUGUCUGCUCUGUUCAUUGUCGUCUUCUGUGUAGGACUCUCGGUGGCACCGUUUGUACUAUCACAGGCAUGGGCUGUCGAGCGUAUGUGCCCGGGCGCCGUGUGGUGUACGCGAUCUUGGCCGGUGGUCUAUACGUACGUCCAAGAGACGUACUGGGAUGUGGGCUUCCUGCGAUACUGGCACUGGGCUCAACUUCCCAACUUUGCUCUGGCCAUGCCUGUGCUGCUCCUAGGCGCCUGGGGAUGCUAUACCCUACGUCCCUCGUGGCGUAUCUGCCUGCGUGAGACGCUUUGGCCAUGGCGCUGUGCGUUGUCGCCCCCACGUCGCGGCGUAUGGGACUGGGUGUUUGUGUAUCAUAUGAUGUUUGUAUUGGCCCUACUCUUUUUCGCCUCGCAUGUCCAAAUUGCGCUGCGUUUCGCGACGCCAGGCGGCAUGCCGCUGCUUUGGUGGGCUGCUGCGAAAGCGUAUGAACAUCCGCAACGACGUCGUGUAUUGGAAGGCUACCUGGUAAUGUACAGUAUCAUUGCAUGUGUGUUGUAUGCGGGCUUCUACCCUCCCGCGUAG